AAUGAACGCAUGCUUUAUAUGCGCCACGCGCUCGUGUGUAAACACAUUAAGACAAUUUAUAAUAUAAUCUAAAAUAAAACAGUAUACAAUACGUUAAUGUUCCUGUAGGAGCUUGUUCUGUUGACAGACAGAGGCUUCAAUUCCGCGAGUAGGCUACAGUUUGCAAAACUGUGCGAACAGAUUGCGAAAGCGUGGGCACAGAUUAUGAAUUUGUGGGUACAGAUUUCAAAAUUGAGGGGACGGUUUACAAAACCGAGAGCACGGAUUGGAAACUCGUGGGUACAGUUUAUUAAUCCGAGAGCACGGUUUUGUAAACUGUGGGAACAGUUUUAGAAUCUGUGAGUACGGAUUUUUAAACUGAGGGAACGAAUUACAAAACUGUGGCCACGGAUUUGCGGGUCUUGUUUUUUUUUCUCCGACAGGUGACCAGACGGGCUCCGCAGAUUGCUCUAUUUGGGGAAGAUAUAAAAAUCUAUUGUAUGAAUUAGUUGCGUUUUCACGUAAAAAAACUGGCAUUAACACAGGUGCUAGAUAUAGUCACGUGUGUUUAUAAUAACAGCAAUUGCAAAUAUUUUAAAUGCAAUUACAUAACAGCAGUUUGUAGACAACUACAAAAAACAGUUUGAUUUGAGGAAAUACCGCUUUAAGAAAUAAAUGGCGGGCUGCACGUGCGACUUUUCUUCCGGACAACUUUCUGUUUACCUUUAAAAUAUCAAUUGGAAACACAGUGUAUUUUCUAAAUCUUCAUUCACUCAAGAGUGAGGACCAUGUUUUAUUCUCAACUCUUCACCUCAAAACGAGGAACAUUAGCCAAGAUCUGGCUGGCAGCACACUGGGAAAAGAAAGUAACCAAAGCAUACGUGUUUGAAUGUGACCUUGAGACCACCAUCAAAGAAAUUUUAUCCCCACAGGUUAAAAUUGGCUUGCGAACGUCCAGUCACCUUCUUGUAGGAGUCGUUCGGAUAUACUCUCGGAAAACUAGAUAUCUACUUGCGGAUUGCAGCGAUGCAUUGGUCAAAAUUAAAGUGGCUUUCCGGCCAGGACAGACAGAUUUGCCAAAAGAUGCAUUGGAGGCCACAUUUAAUAACAUCACUUUACAAGAAGUCUUCACUGACUUUGACUUCCAGUUGCCUGAUCUCAACACCAUCGAUGUGGUAGACCACUUCUCUUUAAACCAGUGUCGCACAGAAGACAUUACUCUUAAAGAGACAUUGAGGAGCAAUUUUCUCACUGUGGGCCUAGGAGAGGAUACCCACACUUAUCAAGGGCUUUUUGAUCAAAGUUUCAGUGUCCAUGGCGACUGCUUUGGUGAUGAAGAAAUGCAGGUUGACCUCAUUGAUUUUAUAUCAAGCAACAGUGAGGACGCUCUAGUGACUGAUUUCUAUGGGAACAUUCUUAAUGAAUCACCAGCUACACCUCCUCCAACUGCUGUCAGUGUUAUAGUGUUUGUGAAUCAAGAUGUUUCCACUUCAAAGACGGGUGUGAAUAGUCCAGCCUUGACUGAAACCACGUUCUUAGUGCAUGCGGAGGAAGGCUUCGCCCUUGGACCUGUUGUUACUACACCAUCUUCAAUAAAGAAGAGUGGGAAGAGGAAGCUGGUGGUCGAUCGGUCAAAGGAGCUAACUAAUGAUGUCAUAAGGGAGCAACUGGCUGACACUUCUGACCUAUUGACCACAUUAGAGAUAGCACCACCCACUCAACAGCUCAUGGAGUGGAAGGCAAACGGAGGGGUGAAGCAACUGUUCUCGUGUUUCUGCCUUCCAGUCUUACACCCUGAUUUAAAGCAGCUGUUCCCUCGUAACAUGUCUCCUAGGAGACAGCGGUUGGGUGCAGAAGUGGGAGAGCAGACUGACCUUGAAGAGAUGAGAGAGCAAACUAGAGCGGCUGACAGUGAGGACACUGCUGAGCCAGUACUGGAUGAAUGGAGUUUGCUGCAAGAGUCUAUAGCUCCAGAUAUAGCAGCAGACACUUCUGUAGAGCCUUCUGUUAGUCAUACAGAACCUCCACUCCCCUGGAACACCACUAGUGUGGAGAGUAGGAUGGAAGUGUCGUAUCCAGAGCCUCUUUCUGAAGACUCAGUGUUGACUCAUCUAUUUAGAGAGGCAAGGGAAACUUCAGUGGUGACACAAACACGGAAGCAGUCUUUACUGGACAGUCAGGAUGUGGAGGACAAGAGAAUGACCAUUCAGGCACGCAAACUUCUCCAAAUGCUCAAGACACAAAACUGCUCUCCCGAUGCCGCUUACAGCCUUUAUGCUAUGUGUGGGAGAGGCAGUCGUUCCUAUGUAGCAGCAAUAUUCUUCUGCCUACUGGUGUUAAAGAAGCAACAGGCACUGAACCUGCACCAGAGCGUCCCGUACAGUGACAUCACAGCCACACCUGGGCCCCUCUUUCACUCCCUGUAAAACUAGCUGUCUGUUUCUGAGUAUCAGGAGCCAUAAACCAAACUUAAUGUGAGGUUUAAUAAGGGUUAUUAGAACACAUUUGUUGUUUUUAUGCUUGUUCACGGUUCAAAACACAUUGCUUACCUGUUUUGAAAGAUUUUUGGUGAAAUAUUCAACGAUUAAAUAGACCUACUAAAGAAGAAAUGAAAUCCAGAAAGGUUGAGAAAUAGUACUUUGUCUCCUGGGUUAUUUUUAUGUGUAUAGUGUUUCUUAAAUAAAACAAAGUAAUAUAUAUAUUUAAGGUCUUUCGUAUUUUUUAUGACCCGGGCUUUACCCAGUACUGUAUAGCAGAAAGCACCACAAUGUACUGUUUUUAUCAUUUAAUUAAUUCUAUCCAUAUAAGUUUGCCCAUCAGUAAUUUGUUUUAGUGUAGCUAAUUUAUUGAAAAAGGUUCAUCGCUGAUUUGGUUCCUUAAAAGUUUUUGCCCAGUGUUGAGUUCUUAUGAUUGGCUUUGUUUUCACCCUUUGCUUGUGAAAGGUGAUGUUACCUGACAUUUUUGACAUAACUAUAUAUUAUGUAUGUAUAAAUAAAAAUAAAUAUUAAA